AUGCAAAUAAGCCGAAUAGAGGAAGAACAAGGAAGAAAUAUUUGUGAUAAUAUUGAAGAACGCGAUAAAUUAAAUGAAAAUGACAACAUUAAUGAGCUCUCUUUUGAAUAUAAUAACAAAUUAAAUGAUGAAAACAAUAUAAGAGAUAGGGAAAAUAAUGAUGUUGAGGAAGAAGAUAAUAAAUUAAUUAAGAACGAGAAGAGAAAUUUUAUCAUAUUUUCUUCAAUUCUGCGUUAUAAAAGAUAUUUAGUAAAAAAGGGGAACACUUACUUUGAUUUUAAUCAAACAAAUUUACAAUUAAAUGAAAAAGAGCUGUUACUUCAGAGUAGUAAUUUUUAUCACUUAUUCGAUUCGAAAUCAUUAUUUUGUCCUCAUAUUUAUUUAAAUGUUUAUUCGCACAUAAAUAUAAACAUUUCUGACUAUUUAAAUUACUUGAAGAAAUAUUCAAAUGUAAAUGUUGAAUCACAAGAAGAGAAAAGCGGAAAUUAUUAUUCGAGGCAGGAAUUUAUUUUAGAGGCCAUCGAGAGGGUGGAGCACAUAGAAAUAUUUAAAAAAGUGAAUUUCGUGAAAAAGCUAUUUUUAACACUUAACGAAAAAAUAGCCAAGGAAAUAAAGAAUUAUUUCGAACAUGUACCGGAUGUAAAUUCGAGCGAUUAUGUCUUUGUGCAAACAAACAGAAAAAAUGACGUACUUUUUGGAUAUAUUAAGGGGCGUAAAUUUAAUUUAUUUUUUGAAAUUUUAAAUUUUAACAAAUGUUUUGUACAGUAUUAUAAGGAUAGUGCUAACCUUGUUGACAUAUUCGAAAUAGAGGAAGUGGAUGAAGUGGACAAAUUGGAUGAAAUGGGCAUUAUGGUAAAAAUGAACUCAACGCACAAUACGAACGAAAAAAGGAGCUUUGAAGAAUAUCCUUUUUUUAAAUAUUCAAAUGGAACAAAAUACUUAAGAGAACAAAAAUUAAGUGUAAAAAAGUGCAUGUUUAAAAAUAUUGAUUUUUAUUCCUCAUAUUAUUAUGAUUACUAUUUUUCAAAAAGUACUAUUGUUGAAUAUGAAUAUAUAAGAAAAGACAAAAAAAAAUAUAUCCUGACGUUUAAUUUAUGUAUAAAAUAUGUGAAGAAUAAUUUAUUUUUAAUGGUCAUAUAUAAUUAUAAUAGUAGCGGUAAUAAUGAUGCUAACAAUGUAGAUAACAAUGUAGAUAACAGUGCAGAUAACAAUGUAGAUAACAAUGCAGAUAACAAUGCAGAUAACAAUGCAGAUAACAAUGCAGAUAGCAAUGCAGAUAACAAUGCAGAUAGCAAUGCAGAUAACAAUGCAGAUAACAAUGCAGAUAACAAUGCCAAUAAAAAUUCCGAUAACAAUAACGCGUACAGUAGUGCUAACAAUGAGGCUUUUUUCCCCUAUUUUGAAGAACUAGAGUUGUGUAAUAAACAAUUCAAUUUAAAUAAUGUAGACAAAAAUAUAUUCAAGACCAAUACCUUUUUUAUAAAUAAUUUAUAUUAUGGUUUGAGUUGUAAGCUCUUGUGCGUUUUCCUUUUUAAAAAUCUUUCCAUAAAUGAUUACAUACGCAAUAUUUAUUUUACCAAAUUAAAGAAAAGUGAAAAUGGAAAAAAAAAAAAAAUUUAUACUUUUACUAUAUUUUGCUUGUCAAACGAAGGAAUUGUGUGUGUAUUUAUUUGUAAUUUAGAACUACGUAGUAUCUUUUUUGAAAAUACUUUUAAUAUUAAUGUAAAUAAAUAUUAUCGCAUUCAGUUAAAUAAGACGUGUACAUACAAAAAAAUAAAUGUAAUAAAUUUUAAUUCGAAAUAUUUGCAUGCCUUAAUAGCUCGUAGCGUUUUCUCAUUUAAUAAAUGUGAUGAUAAAAUUGACCUUAAUGAGACAGGUAAAAAUAACAAUUUUGAUGAAAGCUCAAAAAGUGCCUUAAGAAAUAUAAAAAAACGAGAAAAUAAAGUAAGGUAUUUAAGGGAGGAAAAUAAUACAUAUGAAAAGAGCAGAACUGUUUUAAAUGACUCUCUAAUUUGUGUAUCAUGUGGAAAUCAAAAACAAGUACAGGAAGAUUAUAACCCGAAUAACUGUAAUAAGGACAACAAUCAUAUUUUCAGUGAUAUGCAAAGUACAGACAUUUAUCAAAAUAAAAAAGACCGUUACAAAUAUACCCACGAGAACGUAUAUAAAUACACGUCUGUUAUAAUUACGUGUAAAUGUGAUUUCUUAGUAAUAACUUUGAGGAGGAAAAAAGGAGGGGUAGAUAUGGAGUUAGUCAGUUAUUCUUCCUCAGAUGGAGGUAGUACAAAUGGAGCGGGUGCGUAUGUAAAUGUCGAAAAUGUAAACACCGCAAAUGUUAGCACCUUAAAUUUAAACGCAGCAGAUGGAAUCGUCUCCAAGGAUACCAUGUCAAGUGAUAUUAUUUCCAACUCAGACGACUUUUUCUCAAAUUACAAGAGUGCUAAGAAUGUGAUAUGCAAUAUUGUGAUAAAUAAAUACAAUUUUGAAAAGUACAAUGAAAAUAAAAACCGAAAUAAAAGCUUCAUACUGUUUGAAAUCAUAUGCUUUUAUCAAAAUUUCUGUGUCAAAAAGUAUAAUUAUAUAUGCUCAUUUAAAAAUCAAAAGUUUGAAUUUUUUUUAAGUGAGAAUGAAAAAAUGAAAAACGGAGAUAUUUGUAGAAAACUUUUGUUCACACCUUUACUCUUUCCUUUUAAUGAAGAAGUAAUAAAAAAUCAAAAAAAAAAAAAAAGAAAAAAAAAAAUCAAUAAUUUAAUAUUAUACAACAUUGAACAGAGUUCUUUUAAGAAUAUAAUUUACAUAUAUUUUCAAGAAAAGAAGUAUGAAAAUAUAAGUAUGUCCAUAAACAAUCAGUGUUUAAUUAUUAAUUAUGUUAAAGCGAUCAGCAAGCUUUUAAAACGAAUUAGUUCAUUGUUUAAUAAGAUAAAUAACCAAGGCAAAUAUUCCACCUUCCGAGAAGACGAUUUAAAUAAUACAAAAAACCAAGAGAGGGAAAAUGUGAUCAUAUCACAAUAUGGUGAAGCAUAUUUUCAUGAUAUAUUAAAAAAUGUACAUGUAAAUUUAUUUACUCAAAGAGAGGAUAAAACAUUUUUUUUUGAAUAUAAAUAUAUUUUGUUUGGCUUUUAUGACUUAUUUUUAAUAAAUAAAAAAAAUAAUGGCGUUGGAAUAAAUGAAAAGGAGAAUAAAAUAAAUGACAAAAAUUUAAUGAGCUGUAGUGAUCUACAUAGUCAUUUCAAUUUUUUAAAUAUUAUAAAAGAUUACGUUACGUAUGAAAAUAUUUUCAAGUGUGUACAAAAUUUUGAAUUAGAGGAAAAUAAAAAAAAAAAAAAUAAAAAAAAAAUUAAAAUGAAUUUUUAUUACUUUCUCAAAGUCUUAAAUUAUUUUCAAAAUAAUUAUGUUCAUACAUGUAUUUCUUUUUUUCAUUUAAUAUACAACGAAAUGUGUAAAGAGGAAUUGUUUCCCUUUAUAGCCAAAAAAAAAUGCACAAAAAAUACCUUUUUGAAAAAUUAUGAAUUAAUUAAUAUAAGAAAUUAUUACACUAUUUCAUGUUCAUUUUUUAUCUACAUGUAUAAUUUUUGUCUAAAGACAUAUGGCCUUAGUAAUGACAAUUUCAGUUCUCACAUUACUUUUUUUUUAAUUAAUAAAAAUACAAGAAAGUAUAGGAAGAAAUUUAGGUAUAUUUACCCAUCCGAUGGGGGGAAAUAUGACGUAAGGCUAUCUCAGCAGGGUGAGAAGCAGGACGCAACGUGUAACAGCGAAUGUGUUGGGUGUGUAUGCAAAGAGGACAGCCAAGCAGGUGAAGGACACGUACUUGGUGUAGAAUAUGUGCAUAGCGGUAGUAGCAGUUGUAGUAAUAGCAUUAGAAAUGGCCAUAGCAAUAGCAACAUUAACAAUAAUAGCAUCAAUAGUAAUAACAACAUUAACAGUAACAACAUCAAUAGUAAUAGCAACAUUAACAGUAAUAACAACAUCAAUAGUAAUAACAACAUCAGCAGCAGUAGCAAUAAUAGAGAAGUAGUGAAAGAGGACAAUAUUGUUCCGACCAACUGCUUGCCAUUACAGAAAUGCUUGUACUAUGUGCACAAAAUAAAGAAGUAUAUUAAUGUAAUAUUAAAUGAGACAAGAACAGAUAAUGACAAGGGGAAUACUAGUUUUUCGCUAGAUAUUUACGUAAAUAUAUAUCUGUGUCAAACACUUUACAUUAUGUUAAAUACAUUACGAAUAAAUAACACCAAUGUGUAUGUGAACGUAAAUUAUAAUAUAAGAAAAAAUAACAUGGAUUACUUUUAUUUACUAAUAUUGCUUAAUUUUUAUUACUUAUUUUAUAUCUUUAUUUGUUCAGAGGAUAUAUUAAAUAAUGAUAUGAAUGAAGGAAAAGAGGAGGAAAUGAAUAAGGAGGCAAACAAAACAAAUGAAGUAACGAGAAUAUUUGAAUUUUUCUGGGAAAUUUAUGCAAAAGAUGAUAAGAAUAAGACAAAUAUAGAACAAACAUGCGAAUUAUUACAUAUACAAAAUAUUACAAUUGAUUCAAUCACUUUUGAAAAGUACCUUGUUUUAAUGUAUGAAGUAGUACAAAGUAAAAUGAGUAUGUUACAUAUUGAUCAUUAUAUAUUUGAGAAAUUAUAUUUUAAAGUAAGCUGCCUUCUUUGUGGAAAGGUAUGCAUAUCGAAUUUAUAUAAUAAUUAUUAUAUAUGUAAAAAUAAGCAUAUAUUUAAUAAAUGUAUGAUAACAUUUUGUUGUAUAUACAGAAAUUAUCUUACAUUACCGACCAUAUGUAUUGUAACAAAUAUGAGUAAACAAAUAUUUGAUGAAGAAAAUUCUACGUUAACAUUCAAUUUACAAAUUCGUAUAAACUUCAUAUAUUUUUGUUCUUUUUGCUAUUAUUUUAUCACUACCGAAAAUUGCUUUUUUAAAAAAUAUUUCCUCUUCAAGCAGUGUCCAUUUUGCAACCAUGAGCUGCAAGUUCUCUGA